AUGGCUACCCCCAAUGUUCUUAUCUUUGACACUGAGGGCCGUGUUGUUGAAUUUGAGGUCUGGGUCGAUGACCUCCAGCUGUUCCUGCAGUGCGAUAGGGCAGACGGCCUCUCUCUGUUCGACCUCACCUCUAGUGCCUACCCUGCCCCGUCUGCUACUGCUGACAGCACUAUUCGCUCACAGUGGGCGACACGCGAUGAUGCUGCCCGUUUUGCUGUGCGUCGCCACUUACCGACCACUGAGCGUGCACACUUUAGCCAGUACAAGAGUGCUCAGACCUUGUACGACGCUGUAGUUGCACGCUACUCUUCCUCUGCCACUGCUACACUGAGCCGCCUCAUGCUACCGUACCUCUUCCCUGACCUUGCUGCCUUUCCCACAGUCGCUGACCUCAUUACGCACCUCCGCACUAGUGACACUCGCUACCGCGCUGCGCUUCCUACUGAGUUCUACGCCAAGAACCCUCCACCCAUACACAUCACCCUCUACUACAUAGUCACCCGGCACCGUGACUCUCUUCGCUUAGUCAGGGACCACUUCCUCUCAGUUUGCCCCUCCACUCUCACCAUUGACCUCCUCGAGGAGCGCCUCCUAGCAGCAGAGAAGAGUAUAGUCGCUGUAGGAGCCUUUCGUGGUGACCCUCACACCCCCGUCUUUGAGGGGUGUUCCCCCUCCCCCCUCUUGCCCUCUGUUGCUUCUACUGCUGCUGCCGACCUCGUUGGUUUCUACGGGCUGGAGGGGCUAGCGGGGGCGUUGGAGGUGUUGGUGGAGGCAGUGGAGGGGGUGGGGGUGGUGGUGGGAGUGGUGGCGGGGGUGGCGGCGGUGGUGGCAGCAGUGGAUGCGGCGGAGGCGGCGGUGGUGGCGGAGGGAGCGGAGGCGGCGGAGGUGGCGGAGGCGGCGGAGGUGGCAGAGGCGCUGGCGGCGGUGGUGGUGGUGCUGGUCGCGACUCUGCGUAGAGGAGUGGGUCCGGUGCGCGGUGGGGGUACUGGUCCCUGCACCUUUGUCCUCCGUACCGGCGACCGCGCUGGUGAGCAAUGUGGGGGCCCGCACUCCACCCAGCGCUGCUUCGGCCGCCUGACGGAUGCGUGGCGCCACCAGUUCCCUGAGGCGUCAGAGAUCCCUUGCUGGGGAGAUUUGUCUAGGGCGGGGGUUGCCAUCUUUGAUCUUGACUAUGAUGCUAUCCUUGCUGCCAUGUAUGCUGUGACUACUAGUGUUGAGGGUGACUGUUACCUGUGUGUACCGCCUGACCCGGGCAUUGAGGCUACUGCUCUAGGUGCUGGUGAGGCUACUGCUCUAGGUGCUAGUGCGUCUGCUGCCCCAGGUGCUAGUGCGUCUGCUGCCCCAGGUGCUGGUGAGUCUGCUCUCUCAGGUACUACGUCAGCUCAGGCCUUCCACACCUUCACCCUUGACUCGGGUGCUUCCCGCUCCUUCUUUCGAGACCGCACCACGCUUACGCCGCUUAGUCGGCCGUUUGCAGUCUUCCAGGCGGACCCCUCUAGGGGUCCUGUCCUAGCUAGCUUCUCCACUUUCUUACCGUGCCCGGCAGCUCCCUCUGGCACCCUGUCAGGUCUCUACCUCCCCUCGUUCUCUACGAACUUGGUGAGUGGAGCGGACCUAAAGGAUAGGGGGGUUGACCAGUUCACUCCUGCGAGUCAGCGGGUGACCCACUACACGUGUGCUCGGACAGCCCGACACUUGGCCACGUCCACCCGUCGGCCAGGGUCGGGCCUGUACACCCUUACUAGUGAGUCUCCUCCGGCUGCUGAGUCUGGCCAGGUAGCUGCGUCGAGUCAGGUGUUUGCUGCAGCGUCCAGGUCUGGUCCUGAGUCUGCUCCCUGCUCGUGUCGUCUCCUGUCUCACCAGACUCUCCUUCGGCACCACCAUCUUGGUCACCCCUCCCUGCCUCGUCUCCGAAGCAUGGCCUUCCGUGUCCUUGUAUCUUUUCUCCCCCGGUCACUCCCUCCCCUACCUUUGGGGCCUGGCCCUACCUUCGUCCCUUGCGUCGAGGGGCGACAGCGCGCCACCCCUCACUCCUCCGAGUUUCCUCUGACACAGAAUCCGCUGCAGACUCUCCACAUGGACGUGUGGGGCCCCGCCCGCGUCAGUGGACAGGGGCACGAGCGUUACUUCCUGUUGGUGGUUGACGACUACUCGCGUUACACCACAGUCUUCCCCUUGCGCAGCAAGGGUGACGUCACUGAGAUGUUGAUCGGCUCGAUCCGCGCAGCUCAUCUCCAGCUCAGGGAGAGUUUCGGCUCGGACUUUCCUGUUCUGCGUCUGCACUCUGACAGAGGCGGGGAGUUGUCCUCUGCCCGUCUGGGAGCCUUCUGUCAGGCAUAG